UUUAUUAAUAAUCACUUUUAAUUAAAAUUUUCCCCCAAAUCGAAAACCCUAAUUCACCAUUAAUGGAUCAUCAGAGCAGCCACAGUUCUUGCCCCUUUUUCCCCCUCGAAGAUCUCUCCAUCGAUUGUCCCGACAUCACGUUUUGGGAUUCCUCCCUCGACCAUGUCCUUCACCCGCCGGAAUAUUCCCUUUUCGGAGAUACCGAGAAUCAUAAGGGGAAGGGUAAGGAAUCCGACGACGGCGCCACCACCGCCACCGCCACCGCCGUCGUCAAAGAGAAGAAAUUAAUGCAUCGGGAAAUUGAGCGGCAGCGCCGCCAGGAAAUGUCCGGACUUUACGCCUCACUCCGAUCAGUCCUCCCGGCGCAUGUUCUCAAGGGUAAGCGAUCGAUAUCGGAUCAAAUUUACGAGGCGACGAAGUACAUAAAAUUUCAAGAAAGUCGAAUUAGGGAUUUGGGGAAUAAGAGGGAGGCCUGCCGGAGAGGGGCCGGCGCCGGCGCCGGCGCCGUCGAGGAGGUAAUAAUGCCGGAGACGGCAGAGGUGAGCGGUGGAACGGUGACGGUGGAGGCGUGCUCGGUGGGCGCGGAGGUUUUAAUUAGCGGCGAUUUUGAGUUGCUUCCGCUUUCGAGAGUUUUGGCAAUGUUGGUCGCAGAAGGACUCGAGGUCGUCUCGUGUAAUUUCACGAAAUUCGAUGGGAGGUCUUGUUACAUGAUUCAAUCCCAGGUUCGUAGCGGUCAUCUUAACAUCCAUCUCCAAGGGCUUCAAAGAAAAUUGUCGGCUUUCAUCAACACAUUGUGAGAUUUGGGAAAAAUAUGUAGUCGGAAUAAUGAAUGAAGGUAGAGUUUGUUCUUUAUUUUAUCCGUGCGCGCACACACACAUAUGUAUGUAUGUAUUUUUAUAUAUUCUUCGAUGUUUUUACAACGGGUAUUGUGAGGAGUGUGAACUUGUCAUUUGCUCGUUUGUUAUUUUAUGAUAUAUAUAUACAUAUAUGUAUAGGUGUGGCGUGUGCCUAUGUGAUCGAUUAUCAUUUUUUCUCAUGUAAUUUUGCAUGAUUGUAUUUUGAUUGUUUAAGUUAUUGUAUUUAACAUUUAUCAUCCUAAAAUUUUA